AUGGCAUCCUCAGAUCCAUACACGCAAAAGAACAAGGAUGAGCCCGGCACCGAGGAGAAGAUCAACGCCCUCAGCGACUUCGUCAAGUCUUCCAAGUUCGGCAUGAUGACCACCCGCAUCGCAGACUCCGGCCUGCUAGUAUCAAGAUGCAUGGCAGUAGCGGCUCAGGAAUCCGGCGGCGUCGACUACCUCUUCCACACCAACACGGAAUCCGGCAAGACCGACGACCUCAACUCGGACGAGCACGUCAACAUCUCCUUCUUAACACCCAGCGGCGCGUGGGCCUCCAUUUCCGGCACCGCCAGCAUCAUCACCGACCGCGACACCGUCAAGAAAUACUACACCCCGACGUUGAAGACCUGGUUGGGCGAUCAAGGUGACGGGGUCCACGACGGAAGCGAGAACGAUCCCCGGAUCGGCAUCAUCAAGGUCAAGGCCUUGACGGCGACGUACGCGCUGCCCAAGGGAUGGAGUGUCGGACGGGGCAUUGAGAUCGUCAAGGGCGCCAUCACAGGCGAGACGGCCGAGGUUUCUCAGCUGCGCGAGAUUAGCGAGCAGGAGAUCAAGCAGUGGCGAAGCUCGCACUAG